GGGUUUGUACCAACAAAGGUGCGUACCGUGCACUGUACCGUCACGCACGUGCGCAGUCCGCUUGAAGCUUUCUAACACAAACCUAUGACCGUUCAUGGACGCUUGAUACACUGCUCCAACAGAUCUCCGACAGUUCAACGAACGGUUUUUGGACCGUCAAAACAGUACCUGGUCCGUAGCAAGGACUGUGAGUACACAUGCGCAUUAAAUAGAAAUUAGAAUGUUGAAAUUUGAAGGUUAUAAGCAUAAGGAAUGUUGUUUUGCCAUGGAGAAUCAAAAUAUCCUAUCUUAUGGUGGAGUGCCAUUUAAGUAUCUUGGAUUUCUCUUCUUCCGGGGAAAUAUGAGUGCCGGAGGGAUAAAUUUUCCAGUAGCGGAACAGCAACAUAUGGCGGUUACCAGCUGCCCCCUCUCGGCCGAUGAAAUUGAGCCCACUUGUUUUUUUCCCCUCAAAGAGAUAACUUUUGGUGGCCGCUUUGCAGACGUUUGA